AUGUCGCUACCACGGCCAAGAUUGGAUUACGCGCUCACGGUCGGACCGUUAUUGCUCGCGUUGCUGGUGUUCACCACAUUUCAUCACUGCGUGCCUACGGUAUCCGGUUUUGUGUCGUGUUCGCCGAGUCCUUGCAAAAACGGAGGACUCUGCGUGUCAUCGCCGCGCGACGAAUCACAUUGCAACUGCACAUCAAAAUACGUGGGUGAAUACUGUCAACAUUUGAACCCAUGUUAUACGGGGUCGCGCUGUCAAAACGGCGGUUCAUGCAGGGUGCGCGAGGGCAUUGGAGGUGGCACACCAUCCUUCACAUGUUCAUGUCCAGUCGGUUUUACUGCCAGCCUCUGCGAAAUUCCUAUCGAGAACGCUUGUGACUCUUCGCCCUGCCUCAACGGUGCUACGUGCAAUCUUAAAUCGUUGCACGAAUAUGUGUGCACGUGCAGCAUCGGAUUCACAGGUGACCAUUGCGAGCGACAGGAUUACUGCGCUUCAUCACCUUGUCGAAACGGGGCCGAGUGUCGUUCGCUCGAGAACAGCUACGAAUGUACGUGUGCACCUGGCUUCACGGGUCCAAAUUGUGCGGAUGACAUCGACGAGUGUGAGAGGGACCCGUGCAGACAUGGUACCUGCAACAAUAUUCACGGAUCUUACAGAUGUAUGUGCUCGAGCGGAUAUACCGGGCAAAACUGCGAGAGCGACUACAUCCCCUGUGAUCCGUCACCGUGUGAAAACGGAGGCUCGUGCCAUCAGCUCGGUGAACAUGACUACGAGUGCCUUUGCUCUGAAGGAUUCCGAGGCGAUCACUGCGAGGAGAAUAUUGAUGAUUGCCCAGGCAAUCUCUGUCAAAAUGGUGCCACCUGCAUGGACCGAGUGAACGAGUAUUCCUGUUUGUGUCCACCGGCUUUUACGGGCACGCAAUGUGAACUGGAUGUGGACGAAUGUUCGGUACGACCGUCCUUGUGCCACAACGGGGCCACAUGCACGAAUUCGCACGGUAGUUAUUCGUGUAUAUGCGUGAAUGGCUGGACUGGACCCGAUUGCAGCGUCAACAUUGAUGACUGUGCAGGCGCAGCCUGCUUCAACGGCGCAACUUGCAUCGAUCGCGUUGGCAGCUUCUAUUGCCAAUGCACAUAUGGAAAGACUGGGCUGCUUUGUCAUCUCGAUGAUGCCUGUACGUCGAAUCCGUGUCAUGAGGGCGCGAUUUGUGACACCAGCCCUAUCAACGGAUCCUUCACCUGCUCUUGCGCCACCGGAUACAAAGGAUUGGACUGCUCCGAGGACAUUGAUGAGUGCACACAAGGUUCUCCUUGCGAGCACGAUGGUAUUUGCGUGAACACGCCCGGAUCCUUCGCCUGCAAUUGCACGCAAGGAUUCACGGGUCCGCGAUGCGAGACGAAUGUGAACGAGUGCGAGUCGCAUCCGUGUCAGAAUGACGGUUCCUGUCUGGACGAUCCUGGGACCUUUCGAUGCGUCUGCAUGCCUGGCUUUACUGGAACUCAAUGCGAGAUCGACAUAGACGAAUGUGCGAUAAGGCCGUGCAUGAACGGUGGAACCUGUAGUGAUCUCAUCAAUGCCUUCAAGUGCACCUGCGCUGAGGGAUUCACCGGCACCCACUGCCAGAUCAACAUCGAUGAUUGCAUCUCGUCACCAUGCAAAAACGGCGGUACUUGUCAGGAUGGUAUCGCGAGGUACACAUGCGAAUGUCCAGCCGGUUUUACUGGCGACUCCUGUGAGACCAACAUCAAUGACUGCGCCUCGAAUCCAUGUCGUAGCGGUAUCUGCAUCGAUGGCGAGAACAGCUUCACCUGCAACUGCUCCCCUGGCUUCACCGGUAAUCUGUGCCAGACGCAAAUCAACGAAUGCGAAAGCAAUCCGUGUCAGUUUGGGGGUAGAUGCGAGGAUCGUAUCGACGGUUAUCUAUGCGUCUGUCGACCGGGCACAUCUGGUGAGAAUUGUGAGGUCAACGUCAACGAAUGCUACAGCAAUCCUUGUCGAAACGGAGCAAGAUGUAUCGAUGGUAUCAACAGAUAUUCCUGCGAAUGCGAACCCGGCUUCACCGGUCAACACUGCGAAACCGACAUAAACGAGUGCGCAAGUAAUCCAUGUGCGAAUGGCGGCCUUUGCGUCGACUUGAUAAACGGCUUCAAAUGCGAUUGCCCACGUGGUUACUACGAUGCCAGAUGUCUGAGCGACGUGGAUGAGUGCGCGAGCUCGCCCUGCCUAAACGGUGGUACUUGCGAAGAUGGGGUGAGCCAGUUUAUCUGCCAUUGCCUGCCCGGUUACGGCGGCAAGAGGUGCGAGGCCGAUAUCGACGAGUGUGGCUCAAACCCCUGCCAGCACGGUGGCACGUGCAACGACCAUCUGAAUGGCUACAGCUGCAAGUGCCUGCCCGGCUACACCGGCACCAAUUGCGAGACCAACAUUGAUGAUUGCGCCAACAACCCCUGCCAGAACGGCGGAUCUUGCAUCGAUCUCGUUAACGAUUACAAAUGCGUCUGCGAGCUGCCCCACACCGGCAGGAAUUGCGAGGACAAGCUGGAUCCCUGCUCGCCGAACAAAUGUCUUCAUGGGGCAAAAUGCUCGCCAUCAUCGAACUUCCUCGAUUUUGCGUGCACAUGUACGGUCGGUUAUACGGGCAGACUAUGCGACGAAGACGUGAACGAGUGCGUGAUGACGUCGCCGUGCAGAAACGGUGCCACUUGCCGGAACACCAACGGCUCUUACCAUUGCCAGUGCGCGAAAGGCUACGAGGGCCGUGAUUGCAUCAUCAAUACCGAUGACUGUGCAUCAUUUCCUUGUCAGAAUGGCGGCACCUGUCUAGACGGCGUCGGUGAUUACACGUGCCUCUGCGUCGAUGGUUUUAGUGGCAAACACUGUGAAGUUGACAUCGACGAAUGCUUGUCGCAACCUUGUCAAAAUGGUGCCAUUUGUAAGGAAUAUGUUAAUUCCUACACGUGCCAAUGUCAACUUGGCUUCUCUGGCAUUAAUUGCCAAACCAAUGACGAAGACUGUACGGACAGUAGUUGCAUGAACGGUGGAACGUGUAUCGACGGUAUUAACAACUAUACAUGCGUCUGCAAGAUUGGCUACACAGGCUCGAACUGCCAAUAUCGUAUCAACGAAUGUGAUAGCUCACCCUGUCAAAACGGUGCUACUUGUCAUGAUCAUAUACAAUACUAUACAUGUCACUGUCCGUAUGGUUACACGGGUAAGCAAUGCGAUAAAUUCAUAGACUGGUGCAUUGAAAAUCCAUGCGAGAACCAGGCAACGUGUGUGCAACACAUGAACAAGUAUCAUUGCAAUUGCUCGCCCGGAUGGACUGGCAAGGUAUGCGAUGUAGAGAUGGUUUCGUGCAAAGAUGCCGCCAUGCGGAAAGGCGUACUAGAGAACAGUCUUUGCAACAACGGCACUUGCGAAAACAUAGGCAAUAGUCAUCGUUGUCACUGCCUCGACGGUUACACUGGCUCUUACUGUCAGGAAGAGAUAGACGAGUGUGACUCGGCGCCAUGUCAGAAUGGUGCAACCUGCAAGGACCUCAUUGGUUCGUACCAGUGUCAGUGCACCAAAGGUUUCCAAGGUCAGAAUUGCGAACUCAACAUUGAUGAUUGCCGACCAAAUCCUUGUCAGAACGGUGGUACUUGUCAUGAUCUAAUCAACAACUUUACAUGUUCCUGUCCGCCCGGUACUCUUGGUUUUAUAUGUGAAGUUAACAUUGAUGACUGCACGAUGACCGCUUGCCACAAUAAUGGUACCUGUACUGAUAAAGUGGGUGGAUUCGAAUGCAAAUGUCCACCUGGUUUCGUCGGACCAAGAUGCGAAGGCGAUAUUAAUGAGUGUUUGUCGAAUCCGUGUACCUCGCCCGGUACACAGGACUGCGUACAAUUAGUCAACAAUUAUCACUGCAAUUGCAAACAGGGUUAUAUGGGCCGUCACUGCGAGGUCAAAAUGAAUUUCUGUGAUAGUUCUCCAUGUCAGAAUGGUGGCUUUUGCAUUGCCAAACACGAUAGACACGUUUGCAUGUGUAAUAAUGCUUAUCACGGCACUAAUUGCGAAUUCACCGGUUCCUACUGCGACUCCGAACCAUGUCAGAACGGCGGCACGUGUCGUAUCAUCGGAAAUAGUUACAAAUGUUACUGCUUGCCAGGUACAACCGGUAUGCAUUGUGAAUUCGAUGCUUGGAAUGAAUGUGAUAGGCAUCCAUGUCAGCAAAAUGCCCCUUGCAUAAAUAAAAUUGGUGACUACGCUUGUGACUGUCCUCCUACAUGGUCUGGCAAGAAUUGCGAUACAUACGAUUCAAAUUAUCCUGGUGGAAUAUUCGGCAAUACACCCAAAAACAUGAGUGACAUUAAUUUAGAACGCGAACGUCAGAAAUGUGUCGAAAACGACUGUAAGGCUAAAUACAAUAAUGGACGCUGCGACGAGGAAUGCAAUCGAUUGGCUUGUGAGUUUGACGGUAACGAUUGCUCGCUGGGCGUUAAUCCAUGGCGCAAUUGUACCGCGCCUGUGGAUUGCUGGAAAUUAUUCAUGAACGGCGUAUGCGACGAAGUCUGCAACAAUCCGCAAUGCCUGUACGAUGGCAGAGAUUGUGGUCCGAAACUUCCCCCUUGCAACCCGAUCUAUGAUGCGUACUGCAGAAAGCAUUAUGCUAACGGCCAUUGCGAUUAUGGCUGCAACAACGAAGAAUGUGACUGGGAUGGUCUCGAUUGUGAUAAGGAACCGCCGUCAUUGGCAGAAGGUGUCAUAUCCAUAGCUGUGAGAAUGGACGUGGAUAGUUUCCGAACUAACAUCGCAACCUUCUUACGUGAUCUCGGUCAUUAUCUAAGAACAACGCUUCGCGUUAAAACGGACGAACUCGGCAAUGAAAUGAUAUAUCCUUGGAAGCCCGAGAAAAAUAAGUUUCUUAACAUUUAUACUCGACUGACGACCCCUUCCAAUAGAAAAGGUGCUGUCACUUUUCUGGAGAUCGACAAUCGCAAAUGCACUCUAGCUCAGGGCACGUCAUGUUUUUCAUCAGCGAACGAGGCGGCCGAGUAUUUGGCCGCUGCGGCGUUGAAGCAACCGUUAUCGCUAAACUUUCCCAUCGAACAAGUGCGUAGUAUCGUAGGUACUCAGAAUACGGAUUAUUCGGAUAACCCGACAAAUUAUAAAUAUGUUUUCAUCGGUGUGGUCAUCGUGGUGCUCGGUGGAUUGCUAGUGGGCGUUCUGGUGACCGCACAACGAAAGCGUGCUGUUGGGGUUACAUGGUUCCCAGAGGGCUUCUUAAGGACCAGUAGCGGCAGUGGCCAGCGACGUCGGUCACGUCGGCGCGGUCCGGACGGUCAGGAAAUGCGUAACUUGAAUAAACAACCAUCAGUGAACUGCAUGAGCAUGGAUGUUGUAAGCGCUCGAAUACAAUCUCAAUGGUCUGACGACGAGUCUGAUCUGCCUCCAUCGAAACGAAUGCGUGCCAUCGAGCCAGGUUACGCAAGUGAUCAUACCGUUAUCACAGAUUACGAGGAGACCGAGCCGCGUAUGUGGACACAGCAACAUCUGGACGCGGCUGAGAUACGACGGCCGGACGCAGGCGGUGUAUUGACACCACCCAGUCUCGAGCAUGGUCAGGAUGUGGACGCGCGUGGGCCAUGUGGUAUGACACCACUAAUGGUAGCGGCGGUACGUGGUGGCGGACUUGAUACUGGCGAGGAAGAGGAUGAGAGUGACGGAACCGCGGCUGUAAUCGCUGAUCUCGUUGCCCAAGGUGCGGAUCUAAAUGCUACCACAGACAAGAGCGGUGAAACGUCGCUACAUCUGGCCGCACGUUACGCCCGGGCCGAUGCGGCCAAGAGAUUGCUGGACGCGGGCGCCGAUGCUAAUUCACAGGAUAACACCGGUCGUACACCGCUACACUCUGCUGUCGCGGCUGACGCUAUGGGAGUUUUCCAGAUUCUGCUACGCAAUCGAGCGACAAAUUUGAACGCGCGAAUGCACGAUGGUACCACGCCAUUAAUACUAGCGGCGCGUUUGGCUACUGAAGGAAUGGUGGAAGACCUCAUUAACGCUGAUGCCGACAUCAAUGCAGCCGAUAAUAGCGGCAAAACUGCGCUGCACUGGGCCGCAGCGGUCAACAAUGUCGACGCUGUAAACAUAUUGUUAGUGCAUGGUGCAAACAGAGACGCUCAAGAUGAUAAAGAUGAAACCCCAUUAUUCUUAGCGGCUCGUGAGGGCAGCUUUGAAGCAUGCAAAGCAUUGCUAGACACAUUUGCUAACAGGGAAAUCACCGAUCACAUGGAUCGGUUACCUCGCGAUGUCGCAAGCGAAAGAUUGCAUCAUGACAUUGUCAGACUACUUGAUGAACAUAUGCCAAGGUCACCGCAGAUGGUUACAGUCAUUCCGAAUGGUCCUCUCAUGGGAUCUUCAAAUCAUCCGCAAUUAAUCACGCACCCCACAGUAAUCGGCUCGGCGCCGAAGCAAGCCAAGUCAAAGAAGCGGCCAAAAGCAGGUACGGGAAACCCAAACAGUCCAGAGUCAGAGGGCGGCGCGGUGGUGAUGGUAAGGCGAAAACCAUCAGUGAAGAAACCGCCGGCUAAACCGCGCGGUGCUCAACCCCCAAACCAAGAGAUUCCACAGGGAGCAGAAGGUGCCGAUGGCAAUUUACCAACUAGCCCGUAUGAUAGCGCGAGCCUUUACAGCAACGCCUUACCCUUGGUGGCUCACACUGCGACAGCGAAACAGCCUCCACCAUAUGAGGAUUGCAUCAAAAACCAAUCGAUGCAAGGUUUGCAACAACUCGGCUUAGAUACCUUCACCAGCAACUAUGGGCUGCCAUUUCACGACCAGCUUCUAGCGCCACAUCAGCGGCAGCAACAGGGCAUGGUAAACACAUUGUCGCCGCCGUAUAGUAAUCAAUCGCCACCACACUCGGUGCAGUCCAACAUGACUCUUUCCCCGCAAGCAAGCUACAUGGGUUCGCCAUCGCCAGCGAAGAAUAGACCGUCGUUGCCCACUUCGCCAACUCAUAUCGCUGCCAUGCGGCAGGCGACGCAUCAGAAACAUGGCAGCAUGCCGCCAGUGGGCUUUGAUUUCGAGAAUUUACCGUAUUCCUCAAGCCAACAGCAACAACAACAACAGCAGCAAAUGCAGCAAACGCAGCAGCAGAUCCAACAGCAACAGCAGCAACAACAACAGCAGCAGCAGCAACAGCCACAGCCGCAACAGAGCACGCAACAGCAACAACAGCAGCAGCAGCAGCAGCAGCAGCAACAACAACAACAACAAACACAACAAUACUAUCAGUACUUGACGCCACCGUCCCAUCAUUCCGGACCCGAUGUUACGCCACAGCAUCUCAUGCAAGCGCCCGAGAGCUUUCCGACGCCAUCGCCGGAUAGCCCUGGUCAUUGGUCUUCGAGCUCGCCCCGAUCGAAUAGCGACUGGUCCGAUUGCAUGGCCUCGCCUACGAACGCCUACGGUGCUGGCGGCGCUCACCAAAGUAACAAAGGUUCCGAGGCGAUCUACAUAUGAGGCCGAUAGUAUGAUAUUUUCUUCCUCACGCAAAUAAGUCGUGAAAAGAAAAGAAAGUAGAAAGUUAUAUGAACUGUGAUUAGCUCGUCGAAUUUAAGCGUCUAGACGUCGAAAAGGACGAAGGAAAAUGUUAACAACGAAGAGCUCUUCCGUAAUUGAUAAGUGGCAAGAAGGUAUUUUUAUUUUUUUUUUUUUUUGGUUUAUUUGUGUGUAUGUGUGUGUA